AGAGGGAGCAGAAAGAAGUCGAUGUUAGGGAAACUUCUGCUCAGCCCCCAUGAACAAACUUUAACUUAUAAACUUCCUCAGUAGGAUCUCAGGCCUUAUUUCCAUAUGGCACUCAUCAACUUUUGAAAGAGUCCAUGGAUCCUUUAACACUGGAUUUCUGGGAAUCUGCGUGAAGAAGAAAGGAGAAUAUCUUAAGGAUUCAUCACUCGUUCUUUCAGGCUUUUAAGCCUGGGGGGAGAGGGAGAAUGGGGGCCGGCGCACUCACCAUCUGUCACAACAAAGCAGCUGUGCAGAUCAAGGAGGACAUGAAGAAGAUGGUGCAGCUGCCCAUGCUGAAGCCCAGGCCCACUGCCACAGAGGGGGGGAACAAGGUGUUUGGUGUGUCCCUUUCGGAGCUGAAGAGUCGAGGGCUGGUGGAGGAUGGAGUGCCCUUGGUGAUCCGAAACAUGGUGGAGUACCUGAAAGAGCAUGGUCUCCAGCAGGAGGGCCUGUUCAGGGUGAACGGGAGUGUUCGAGCCGUGGACGCCCUGAGGCAGCGCCUGGACCACUGCGAGGUGGUGGACCUGGCACAGGAGUCCGAGGUGUGCACUGUGGCCAGCCUACUAAAGCAGUUCCUCAGGGACCUGCCUGGUGGCCUGGUGGACUCUGGGGUGCAGUCCGCCCUCAUCCAGCAGCAUCAAGAGUCGUCUGAUGAAGAGCGUUGCCAGGACACCAGGACCCUUCUGCAGCAGCUGCCCGAGCUGCAUCAGAGUCUGCUGAAGUACCUCUGUCACUUCCUCACCCAGGUGGACCUGCGCCACCACGAGAACCGCAUGAACGCCCUCAACCUGGCAACCGUCUUUGGCCCCAAUGUUUUCCAUGUCUCAUCAGGCUUUGACGGAAUACAACAGCAGAACACCUGCAACAAAAUCAUGGCCAGGUUGAUCCAGAACUACAGAGCCAUCUUUGACAGUGACAUGGAGAGGAACAGUUGUAUGCAAGAGAUGGAGACUGCCAAUGUCAUCAUAGUAAAGGAAGUCCAGGCCGAGAGACAGAAGUCACCCUACUCUCCCACUCCUAUGGCAAGAACUCCAGUCCCUAGAAAGAAAAAGACAAUAAGCAGCAAUUCAGAAAACGGUGACAUAAACCCAUCUAAAGAAGUGACCUCAGAGAUUCCCACUGUCACACCAAGAAAGAAGAAGGUGAAGAAGCUGAAGAGUGAAAUGGCAACAGGACCACAGCGAGUGUUUCCUGAGCCUGCUGUAUCGGCAGGAGUGCCUCACCCCAGACCUCUGCCUCUGUCUCCAGACCCUCUAGGCUCGAGCCCCCGGUCCCUGUCACCAACCACAUUCGCCCAGGACACUAGCCCCCCUGUCAUCCCAACACCUGCAGCCCAGCCUUUACACUCCCCCAAUCUGAGUGCAGAGUUUAUGGAGCUGGACACUGGUGAGCCAUCCAUCUUAAACAGACGCUGCUCCCAAGAGGAGGAGAGACCAAUAUCCCCUUUCUACGUGAGCUCUCAGGUCCCCCAAGAUAAUUGCAGACCUGAUCGAACAAAAUUGUUGGAGAGCACCAUCCGUUCCACCGUAGAACAGCAUCUGUUUGAUGUGCCAAUGCAUGACCAUCACAGCUCAAGUGACCCUGAAACACCUGGACAACUGGCAUCCCCUGUCACCUCAGCUCGCCAGAGGAGACGCCAGCAGCGCGAGCUGGAAGAAGCCCAAAGACAGCGAGACAGAAAAGGCAUCAACAAGGAGAACGAUCCCUCGACUAUAGGAGUUAUCAAUAACAGCAGUGUCGUAGAGGACGGGACAGAACACGGGACAUCUCACUCACACAGUAGUCCCACCCAGACGCCCAGGCAGAAGCACUCUGCUGUAGAGGGGCCCAGACACCGGAAGAGCAAGCUUCACGCCGUUCCCACGCUGGUGGAGCUAAGGGACAAUCAGGACUCCUCCUCGUUGCAGCCAAAGGAAUGUUUUAAAGUAUCCAAAGCACAUGACCAAGCACCGACAGGGAAAAUGGAGCCUACACAUGACUGGGAUUUGCAUCACCAAGACACAGAUUGUGGUCCAACACUGACUACUACUACCAUGAAGAUCCAAGAGGCUCUAAGUGGCCCGGACCCAGGAGAGAGCUGUGCGGAUGUGCCUCGUCUGGACCUCUCCUCCCUCACAGAGGACAACAACUGGGGAGAUUCACCGUUCUUUAGCGCCCCGUUCCUUGAUUUUAAAAGCUUCUUCCAGCAGUGUUACUGUGAGGAGCCAGUGCCUGCGUACUCGUCCUGGCAGAGGGAGAGUAUGGACCGGGAGGAGGCUCGCCUGUCACCCCACGGUGGGGGCAGACUCAUCCGGCAGCUCGUAGAGGAAGACAGCGACCCCAUGGUCUCACCGCGCUUCUACGCCUACGGCCACAGUCAACAGUACCUGGACGACACAGAAGUGCCUCCCUCACCUCCUAAUUGUCAUUCCUUCGUCAGCCGGCGAAGGAGCUCAUCUCUUGGCUCGUGUGAUGAUGACCGUGAAGAGCUGACAUCAGCUCAGCUUUCAAAAAAGAUACACAGCCUAAAGAGAAAGAUCCGCAAGUUUGAGGAGAGAUUUGAAGAGGAACGCAAAUACAGGCCCUCUCACAGUGACAAAGCUGGCAAUGCUGAAGUUCUGAGGUGGAUGAAUGAACUGGCCAAGCUCAGCAAGGACCUGAAAGAGCACAAGCUGCUGAAGUCAGAGGAGGACCUGACCCCUCUCCCACGUCAGCGGAGCAACACCCUGCCCAAGAGCUUUGGCUCCCAGCUGGAGAAGAAGCCGGCGGAGGCCAAGGCCCCCAAGCCCCCCGUGGAGGCCACCCUGGAGGCCGUCAUGAACAAGCUGCAGGAGAAGAGGCUGGAGGCCGCACGCCCCGACGACAUCAAGGACAUGACCAGAGAACAGAUUGCUGCAGAGAAAGUGGCCCUCCAGAAAGCCCUGCUGUACUAUGAGAGCAUCCAUGGCAGACCGGUCACAAAGAGUGAGAGGCAAAUCAUGAAGCCCUUGUACGACAGAUACCGCCUAGUGAAACAGAUCCUGUGCAGAGCAUCCACCAUUCCUGUAAUUGGCUCCCCCUCAAGCAAACGCAGAGGCCCCCUGUUACAGCCCAUUAUCGAGGGUGUACCAGCGCUGUUCUUCGAUGACAUCAAGGAGGAGGAGGAUGGGUCUGAGGAUGACUGUGAGGACAAAAUCCAGUUCACGGUGACGGUGAAGCCUGAGCUGAACGUGCUGGGCUUCCUCAACCAGCUGGACGAGACCUCGGACGCCUUCAUCUCUCCUGUGGAUGAGCUGUCGCCCUCCAAGAACACCACAGACAUGAGGCUAUCCAACCUGCAUGAGGCCACAACGCCAGAGCUGGUAGAGCAGCUGCAGGAGGCACGUGACGAGAAGAAAAGAAUCCGCAAGAACCUCCGCGAAUUUGAGGACCAGUUUUUCAGGCAAAAUGGAAGAAAUGUGCAAAAGGAGGACCGCUCACCUUUGGCGGUGGAGUACAACGAAUACAAGCACCUUAAAGCCAAGCUCAGGCUGCUGGAGGUACUGAUCAGCAAACGUGACUCCUCAAAGUUCAUUUAGAGGCGCAGACUCAGAAUCAGGCAGGGAGCCGGACUUUCUUCCACACAACAAAAAAUACCAGCCACUCCAGCGUCCAUCCAUCCAUCCAUCCAACUGUUGAAAACACAUUUGCACCAAAUUGGUCACUUUGUUUCCUGGUUCUCUCAGGCCAAUCUGUGUUGCAUAUUUGGCUGAAGGUCAACUCCAAGUGAAGAUAUGGAGGCCCUGCGCUACAGCCGUCUGGUGUCGGUCCACAGCCCCAGCUACUGUGGUGGAGGAGCAGGGUACCCAGUACCCAGUAGUUUGUCCCAUGGAGCUCCUCCUCUGUUGGGCUCGACCUGGAACACCAACCAAGCCACUUGGCACAGCCUUGACUCUUCUGACCUAAAGUAACCUCUGGAGGAAGAGGGAGAGGAGACCGACGGACAGAAGAGGUCCAGUGUGUAGUGGAUGAGACAGUCUCUUUUCCCACAGCAACAUGUUUCCCUCAAUGAAGAUCUCAAGGAAGA